AUGGCGUCACAAGUGGAGCUCCUCCUCAGAGUUCUGCAGGACUUGGGAAAUGAGGAGUUCAAGCACUUCCAGUGGCUCCUGAAGCAGGCUGACAUUGUAGAAGGCUUCCCGGCUAUUCCAAAGAGCCGGCUGGAGGAGGCCAACAGGCAUGACACUGUGGAUCAGAUAGUGCAAAUCUACAGCCUUCCUGGUGCUCUGCAGAUCACAGUGGAAGUUCUGAAGAAGAUCAACAGGAAUGAUUUAGUGGAGCAUUUUUCUGAAAGUGUUUCUGCAUUCAACGAGGAUGCCACUGAUGUUGGAGAAACUCCAGAGAACAUUCAACAGGCACAGGCAGCUCCUCACCCUCCCAAGCCUGGUGCUCAGGCUGAAGAUUUGCUGGUGCUGAGGCCAACGCCUCCAAGAUCCAUCACAUCAUACCAAUGCAUGCUCCAGUCAAACCUCCAGAACAAGUUCAUGUGCAUACCAGAGGGGUCAUCAAAGAUGAAGGACAAGAAACUUCUGGAUGAUAUAUACACGGAGCUCUUCAUCAUAGAUGGGUAUGAUGUAGAUGUCAACAUGCAGCAUGAGGUCAGGCACAUUGAGAUGGUAUCAAGAAAACCGGAAGAAAUGGCGAGAUCUAUUCAGCAUAACAACAUUUUCAAACACCCCUCUGGAGAAAACACACCAGUAAGAACAGUCCUGACCAGCGGGAUUGCAGGAAUCGGCAAAACAUUCCUUGUUUACAAAUUUAUCCUGGACUGGGCUGAAGGAAGAGCCAAUCAAGAUGUGCAUCUCACGUUCCCCUUCAACUUCCGCCAGCUGAAUUUACUGAAGGGCAGAAAGUUUCGUUUUGCUGAGCUCAUUCACAAAUGCAUCAAGGAAACCAAAGAUAUAGAAGAGGAGGCUCUUAAUUACAUCUUCACAAAACUACAGGCUUCAGGAAACACUAACUAUGACAAGAGUAAAUUCAAACUUCUGUUUGUGCUUGAUGGGCUGGACGAAAGCCGCCUUCAGCUCGACUUCAGUGACGAGGAAGAACAUUCUAUUGAUGAACCACUGCUGGUGAAUGAUCUGCUGGCACACCUCAUCCAGGGGAAACUACUCCCUUCUGCUCGCCUCUGGAUAACCACACGACCCGCAGCAGCCAAUCAGAUCCCCCCUGAGUGUGUUGACAUAGUAACAGAGGUCAGAGGGUUCACUGACCCACAGAAGGAAGAGUACUUCAGGAAGAGAUUCAGAGAUGAGGAGCAGGCCGGCAGAAUCAUCUCCCACAUCAGGAAAUCACAAACCCUCCACGUCAUGUGCCGCAUCCCGGUCUUCUGCUGGAUCACCGCUUCAGUUCUGAAGCAAAUCGCAGGAGAAGAUGAGAGAAAAGAAAUUCCUCAAACUCUGACUGAGAUGUAUACAAAAUUCCUUGUGUUUCAGAUAAAGCAGACUGCCCUGAAGUAUGACACAAAUUGGAACACCAAGAUCAUCAAGUCACUUGCAAAGCUGGCUUUUCACCAGUUACAGAGCGGUAAUCUGAUCUUCUAUGAGACAGACUUGAACAAUAGUGGCAUUCAUCUUAAUGAAGCAUCAGUGUACUCCGGUGUGUUCACACAGAUCUUUAAGGAAGACGAUGGGCUGAACGAAAACAAGAUGUUUUGCUUCGUGCAUCUGAGCAUUCAUGAGUUUUUAGCAGCUGUUUUCGUGGUCCUGUCACUUUUAAAUGACAAGAAGGAUGUGCUGGGUAAACCGCAAACACUUUUCCAACAUUUAAAGAUGUUUUUCAGAAAAGCAUCUGGGACUGAGAUCUGUAUGAAAGCUGUGGACAAAGCCCUACAGAGUAAAAAUGGCCACCUCGACUUGUUCCUCCGCUUCCUCUUGGGCCUUUCUUUAAAGUCAAACUGCGAUCUCUUACAAGGCCUCCUGAAGCAAACAGAUAGCAGCACAGAGACCAACCAGAAGCUGGUGAAGUAUAUCAAAAAGAUGAUCAGGGAGAAUCCCUCCCCAGAGAGGUGCAUUAACCUCUUCCACUGUCUAGGUGAACUGAAGGACAGUUCUCUAGUGGAUGAGGUCCAGUGUUACCUGAGAACAGGAAGCCUCUCCACAGCCAGUCUCUCUCCGGCUCAGUGGUCAGCCCUGGUCUUCAUCUUACUGUCAUCAGAAAAAGACCUGGAUGUAUUUGACCUGAAGAAAUACUCCAAAUCAGAGGCAGUUCUUAUGAGAAUGUUGCCAUUGGUCAAAGCCUCUACAACUGCACUACUAGACCAAUGCGAGCUCUCACACCUAUCUUGUGAAGCUCUGGCCUCGGUACUCAGCUUGCGCUCCUCCAGUCUGACAGAACUGGACAUGAGUAACAACAGCCUGCAGGAUUUAGGAAUGAAGCUGCUCUGUCGUGGGCUGCAGAGUCCAAACUGUGGACUGGAAAAUCUGAAGUUGUCAAGCUGUGACAUCACAGAGGGAGGAUGUGCUUCUUUGGCCUCUACCCUGAGCUCUGAAGCUCAUUGUCACAAUGUGGGGCAAUAUUGCAGUCUAAGAAAGCUGGAGCUGAGUAACAACAACCUACAGGACGCAGGUCUAAAGUGGGUCUGUGUUGGAUUGGAGAAUCCCCAUUGCAGACUGGAAACCCUCAGUCUCAGAUGGUGUAACCUGUCGAAGAGAGACUGUGAACAUCUGGCCUCAGUUCUCAGAUCUAAGUCCUCCAGUCUGAAAAAACUGGACCUAAGUAGCAACGACCUUCAGGAUUCAGGAGUGAGUUUACUCUCUUAUGGACUGGGAAGUCUAAAUUGUGGACUGGAAACACUAAGGUUGUCAGGCUGUCAGGUCACAGGUGAAGGUUGUGCUUCUCUGGCCUCAGCUCUGAGCUCCAACCCCUCCCAUCUGAGAGAGCUGGACCUGAGCUACAACCAUCCAGGAGACUCAGGGGUGCAGCUGCUCUCUGCUCGCCUGGAGGAUCCACAGUGGAGACUGGAGACUCUCUGUGUUGAUCAUUGCGGAGAGUUCAGGAUCUUGCCUGGGCACAGGAAAUAUGCCUGUGAACUCACUCUAGACUUGAACACAGCACAAAAGAAGCUCCACUUGUCCAACGGUGGCAGACAGGUGACAAAUGUAAGAAAGGAGCAGCCAUAUCCCAAUCACCCUGAGAGGUUUGAAUACAGGUACCAGGUUCUGUGUACAGAGGGUGUGACUGGGUGUUGUUACUGGGAAGUGGAGUGGAAAGGACCAACAUAUAUUGGAGUGACGUACAGAGGAAUCCACAGGAAAGGACGGGAGGACAACUCUCUGCUCGGGUGGAACGACAAGUCCUGGUGUUUAGACUGCAACAAAAACACUGCUUGGCACAACGGAAAGGCCACAGUCACGUCUCCAACAUCCUCCCUCAGGUCCAACAGGGUAGCAGUGUAUGUGGACUAUCCUGCUGGUUCUCUGUCCUUCUACAGAGUGUCCUCUGACACACUGAUCCACCUCUGCACCUUCAACACCACGUUCACUGAACCCCUCUAUCCUGCAUUGAUGGUUCUCGGCACAUAUUCAUUUGCAUUAUUGUGUUAAUGGCAGGAGUUACAUAGUAUUCUAUAGAUGUCUAGGUAAAAGUCUCAUUGAGGUUAAAAUCUCUUUUCCAAGAGUGACCUAAGAAGGCAGCAUAAACAUUGUUCCAACAUUAAACACAGCCAAUUAAGGGAGAAAAAUAUACAGCAGCCACACACUACAAAUUAGUGAGUAUAUACUAUCCACUUUAUAUGCGAAACAAGACACAGUUAUAAUACGUAAAACAGCACAGUUUAAACUAUUUAGUAAAUUAAUUUAGGCCCAAUCACAUUCACCAAGAGUGCUAUUUUCUCAAUCCUUUAAAAUUGACUUAAAUCCCCCAUAUUAAUUAGCAGUUUGGAGUUUUAAAGAUGAAGAUGUCAGACCAUCUUUAUUCAUUCACAACUGGACUACUGCAAUUCUAUGCAGGUGCUUCACCAGAAAUCACUGCUGCCAGACUUAUUUUUGCCAACCCGGGUAUCAUGCCAAAUCGCUUUCUUCUUUUAAUCAAUCUCUCCCAAUAGCCUAUAAAUAAUUUUCAUUUUAUACCUAGUAUCUUUAUAUGUUUUACAUGCUGCACUUGCCAAAUAUUUUUAACUUUUGUCUGUUUUACUGUUUUCUGCCAUGUUCAUUUCUUUGAUUUGUUCUGUUUGUUUUGUGAAAAGCUCUGUAGCAUUAUCUAUGAGAAGUUAAAUACAUAAAGAAACACCCAUAUCUGUUACAGCGGCAGAAGACAUAUUCAGAUCCAUUACUUCAGUAAAAUUACUAAUACCACACUGUUUAUUGUUUAAUUAGUCCACUACAAGUGAAAGUCCUGCAUUCAAAACUUACUGAAGUAAAAAUACAAAAGUAUUAGCAUCAAAAUGUACUUGAAGUAUCAAAAGUAGAAGUACUCUUUAGAAUGACCCCACUCAGAUUGUUUUAUUUAUUCUAAAUAUAUUAUUACAUUAUUUGUAUUGAUGCAUUUAUGUAAGUAGUGUUUUAAUUUAGUAAAGACAGGGCUCUUUAAAUACUUAAUAUCCUGUUGUAAGAUUUAAUUAAAAAAAAAAGUCUAAUCACUUUAAAUGUUUUUCAUUUUAAAUCUUGACCUAAAAAGUACAGCUGUCAGCUGAAUGUAGUGGAGUAAAAAGUACAAUAUUUGCCUUUGCAUUUUUUUUCCUGUGUAUGUUCGUUAAUCUUAAAUAGACCGUUAUGUUUAAAUGUUCUAUAAUACACUUUUGUACAUUUGCGCAGGAGCUGAAGUUGAGGGCAGAACUGACUGGGGAUUGUUUUGUUUAUUGUAUCUGUCAGGUAUGUUUUGUUCAUUUGAGAUUUUGCCCUUUUUGUCACUAUUAAUGGGAGAGGAGCUGAAGUUGAGG